AUGAAUCUCCUCUUCCUGUCUCUGCUUCCUCUGGCAGCUGCGCAGUCUCUGUCGGACUUGUAUGUCGAGACUGCGCCCUCCUCACCCCGGCCCUAUAUCCUCCCCCACUACGCCAAUUCGCACGCUGUGACAAUUGGGAACCAGCUGUAUCGCUUCGCCGUGACAGGCCCCUCAUCAGACAAUGCAUUCACGCUCAUGAGCACAAAUGCCCCGGCAAGCGGUUCCCUCGGCGUCCUCCCUCAUAUCCACCAGGCGCACUAUGAGAACUUCUUCAACUUCAAGGGCCGCUUCCAACUAUGGGCCCAACAUGGUGACGGCGAGCAGCAGGCUAGACUGUUGACGCAGGGCGACUACGGCUCUGUUCCGCGGAAUACAACGCAUACCUUCCAGAUCCUCGACCCGGAUACCGAGAUGAUUGGAGUGAUAUCGCCAGGCGGAUUCGAAGACCUGUUUUACUACCUGGGAACAAACCACUCGUCUAAAACCAACACGCCCUACGUCCCGCAGUCAACCAACGAGGAAUCCUCAUCCACCGGCCCUGACUCCUCAAUCAUAUCCAGCCUGCAGCGCUUCGACGUACACGCCCAACUCGAUUUCCAGCCCCGUCGAGACCUCGCUAAUGGUUCGGCACCUGCUACCGAAGACUGGCAUUCAAUAGACACAACGACGUCAACACCCCUCGGCGCCGCUGGCGAACCGUACUUCAUCGCGAACAACUACGGACCGAAGUACCUGAACAGCCGGCACGGCGCGUACCAGAUCGUGCAGCCGCUGGUUACGAAUACCCAGUCGCAGGAUAGGAAUUUCACACUAUCGACGAUCAUCUUGAGUCGGCAGAAUGGGACAGCAGCAGAGGUGCCGACAUGGAGUGGCGCUGGGGCGUCGGCGUUUGAGGUGCUUGAUGGGUCGAUACUGGUGAAGAUUGGGCCGUAUCCGGUUGCAAGGUUGGAGACGGGUGAUGUGGCGUUUAUCCCUAAGGGAGUGAAGUAUCAGUAUUGGACUCAGAGAUCGUAUGCUAAGGUCUUGUAUGUGAGCAGUGGGACGGAGGGCGUGGAUAGCCGGUUGAUUGCUGGUGGGAGAGACUGGGGGUAUCCGACUUUUCCGACGAAUUAA